AAAAGGUUGGAUGUGUGUGCUGGAUGUGGGUGAAAGGGCGCCGCUGCCCCAGAUUUUCUGCACCAGCCUUGACAGACAGCGAGACAGAAGUUCGAUCCUGACUUCGUUUGAAUCUGUUGGAUCAUCUGUGGAAUCACCAUCAUGUCACUGCUCAGAGGGGUAUUUAUUGUAGGUGCCAAGCGCACUCCGUUCGGUACCUAUGGCGGUGUCCUGAAGGAUCACAGUGCAACAGACCUGGCUGAGCACGCAGCUAAAGCCGCCCUCGCUGCAGGGGGCGUGGCUCCCGAGCUGGUCAACAGCGUGAUCGUGGGAAAUGUCAUGCAGAGCUCGGCUGAUGCAGCCUACAUUGCCCGUCAUGUAGGCCUGAGGUGUGGCGUUCCCAUCCCAGUGCCUGCUCUCACUGUCAACAGACUGUGUGGAUCUGGUUUCCAGUCCAUCAUCAAUGGUGCUCAAGAGAUCUGUCUCAAGGAAUCAGAGGUGGUGCUCUGUGGAGGGUCAGAGAGCAUGAGCCAAGCCCCAUAUGCAGUUCGCAACAUCCGAUUUGGAACAAAGUUUGGAUUCGAUCUCAAGCUCGAGGACACCUUAUGGGCAGGACUGACAGACCUGCACGUCAAAAUCCCAAUGGGCAUCACGGCAGAAAACCUGGCGGAGAAAUACCAGAUUACACGAGAAGACUGUGACAACUACGCAUACCAGACGCAACAAAAGUGGAAGGCAGCCCAUGAGGGUGGAUACUACACUGCUGAAAUCGCUCCCAUCGAUGUGAAAGCUAAGAAAGGCAAGGUGCCCAUGGCUCAGGAUGAGCACCCCCGCCCUCAGACCACACUGGAACAGAUGGCCAAACUGCCGACCGUCUUCAAGAAGGGAGGAACUGUUACUGCUGCCAAUGCAUCUGGUGUAUCUGACGGUGCUGCUGCUGUGGUAAUUGCAAGCGAGGACGCCCUGAAGGAACACAAGCUCACUCCAUUGGCCAGAAUUGUAGCCUAUCAUGUUUCUGGCUGUGACCCGAGCAUCAUGGGAAUCGGUCCUGUUCCUGCAAUCACAGAAGCUCUUAAAAAAGCUGGCCUCACUCUCAAUGACAUGGAUCUUGUGGAGGUGAAUGAAGCGUUCGCCCCUCAGUUCCUGGCUGUGUCCAAGUCUCUCGGACUGAACCCAGAGAAAACCAAUGUCAAUGGCGGAGCUAUCGCCAUCGGACAUCCACUCGGAGCUUCUGGAGCACGCAUCACUGCUCACUUGGUGCAUGAACUCAGACGGCGAGGAGGCAAGUACGCCGUUGGCUCCGCCUGUAUCGGCGGUGGCCAGGGCAUCGCCAUCAUCCUUGAGAAGUGCUGAUUGAAGAAACUGCAGUUGUCAAAAGAAUGCCCUGCGCAUAUCUCUAAUCUGUUGAAAAAAUAAUACUAGAAGGGAUGUUUUUGUUCACAGUUGUCCACAGCUGCACAGUUUUCUCUGGCUUCGAAGAAACUGAACUCAUCUGUACACUUUAACUUUUUUCUUAGUGAAUUAUUUCAGUUUUUCAGUAGAGCAUCGCCGGAAAACUUGUGAUGAUAAACAACUUGCCUUCGACUCACAAGUCACGUGCUCUUUGAUGCAAGAGAUAUGUCCACGUACCUGCCUGACAGAUUGUUAGGUUGUUUGAUGGUUGUAGAGUAGGGUAUGCUGAUGCUUGCCACAGAAUGUACUCUUAUCUCUCCAUCAGCAUAAAUAAUGUGACUGACCUGUGGUGGCUCCAACAACACAUUUUUUUACUGCUGUGUCAAACAAUCUAAAAAAAAUUGAAUAAAAGAAGAUCUCUUUU